AUGUCUGACAACACCAUCCCUGAAUAUCUGCAACCCGCGCUGGCACAACUGGAAAAGGCCAGAGCCGCCCAUCUUGAGAACGCCCGCCUGAUGGAUGAGACCGUCACGGCCAUUGAACGGGCAGAGCAGGAAAAAAAUGCGCUGGCGCAGGCCGACGGAAACGACGCUGACGACUGGCGCACGGCCUUUCGUGCAGCCGGUGGU